CGCCGCCGCCGCCAUGGGCUGGGGGACGCGCCUGGGCCUCCUGGGCGGCCUGGCCCUGUGGGCGCAGCGGCGGCGGGCAGCGGCGGCCGCCCCGGGGCGGCGGGACCUGGAGCUGAAGCUGGUGCAGGUGGUCUUCCGGCACGGGGCGCGCACCCCGCUGCGGCCCCUCCCGGGGGCGGCGCCGGUGGAAUGGCAUCCCACUCUUCUAGAUGUGCCUGCUCAGACUAAGUUUGAUUACAUGGUGACUGACCUAAAUGGAGGACCUCAGCCUCCCUCACCUUAUGAGGAGCAAUACAAAAAGACCGCAUUCAAGGGUGGUGCAAUUGCAGGACAGCUGACAACAGUAGGGAUGCAGCAGAUGUUUGCCCUGGGGCAAAGGCUGAGGAGAAGCUAUGUGGAAGAAGCCAACUUUCUCUCACCAACAUUUAAGCCUGCUGAGGUCUUCAUCCGUUCCACUAAUAUUUUCCGAAAUCUGGAGUCCACACGGUGCCUGCUAGCUGGGCUGUACCAACAACAGAAAGAAGGAUCUGUUGUCAUUGUCACUGAUGAAGCAAGCUCUGAAAUCCUCUACCCCAAUUACCACAACUGCCAGCGCCUGAAAUGCUUGAGCAGGCGUAAGUUGAAGAAUGCCUUGCAACAGCCAGGUAUCUCUGAUGACUUGAAAACAAUUAAGGAGAAGAUGGGUAUUGAUGGCGAUAAGUCUGUGGACUUUUUUCUCCUCCUUGAUAACAUUCUUGCUGAGCAGGUGCACAAUUUGCCAAGCUGCCCUGUGCUGAAGAACUUUCAGCAGACAGUUAAGCGUCGAUCUGUUGACUCGCUGCUUUUCCUUCUGGAAGAUGGUUCAAGAGAAGUUCUUCAGAUGAGUGUUGGUCUCCUUUUCUAUACCUUACAGAAGAACAUUACAGAAGCAGUAGAUCCCUCAUCUCCAGCUGAAAAGGCCAGAAAACUCAUUCUCUAUGCUUCUCAUGACGUUACCCUUAUUCCUGUCCUGGUGGCACUGGGCACCUUUGAUCACAAGUGGCCACCUUAUGCUGCAGAUGUGACCCUGGAACUGUAUGAGCACCAGCAGUCCAAAGAGUGGUUUGUUCGCAUGUCUUACCAUGGAGAGGGCUUCUGCAGUGCCCUCUGUGCCCCGCCCCAGCCUUACCGUUCCCCCUUGGUGCGGAAGUGGUUGGGCCAUCCAUUGGUCUCAUCCCACUGAGCGACUCCAUGGUAGUCGUGGCCCACAGUAUGAAGGAGGAGUUAUUUCUGACCUCAACUAGUGUAAAUAAUGAUUGCAGAAGAGGAUUGGUGGGGCAGUGGAAGAGUUUUAAGACUAAAGGACACAGGUAAGUGGGAAGUGCUGAACUGCAAACACAGCAUGGAAGAGCUGUGGCAUUUCUGAAAACAUGGAAUAAAAAUUUCCAGAAAUCAACAACUUCCCAAGGAACCAAUGCAUUUACAUGAAUAGGCUGGCUCUUCGCAAGAACUGGGAAAGACACAAAAUCCCAGGGGACAGUAAAAGAAACCCAAAAACUUUCUUACCCUGGGCUGUUAAUAUGAGAACUGCUGACAUGAGCAGCUAACAAGUUCAACCUCAAGUUCCCUCAAACUUGAGCUGGAGCUGCUAACCCAAAUUAGUCUGCCUCCCUUGCUAUUUUAGUCCAAUGUAGUCAACGCAGGUUGCUCAACUUAAGCCUAAAAGACUUUUUUUUUCUCCAUUUUGCAUUGCAAACCUAUCCUUGUAUAGUAUGUUUCAUUUAAGGCAAUGUUAGUAUAGUACAUAAUUGGCAGGAAAGAUGUCAACUUAAGUUUAGGGUUUUGUUUUCUCCUCAUGUAAAACAUCUUUUAAAGUUUCCAGUAUCCCAGACAAAACAGCAUCACUUUUCUUUCCUGCCUCAUGCUCUGACUCAAACAAAAUCAAUCGUAAGCUUAAAACCUGAGCAUGUAAUGAGUCAUGAAGACCUACAUCUCUCAGCACAAAAGGUUUGCUGGUUGAAAAUCAAAAGGGGAUCAAGAGGAUAGUGAGCUUGGUAUAUUUGUCAAUAAACCCAACAUCAUAAAGCUAGCAGUCUGCGUCUUUUUAAGGCCUGAAGAACACUCUGCUUAAGGUUAAAGCACGUUAUCAGGAAAGAGCAUGAUAAAGCUAGGUGUUACAUAUCUACCACAACAAACAGCAUUAACAGAAACGAUUGGAAACUACAUGGACUGGCUAAAAACUGAAAAAUCUUCCAAUUAGAGGUCACCUCGCCAGAAAGAUGACACAGCAGAUAUGCAAGACGACUUACCUUUUUUAGGUUACGAAUUACUACCAGUCGAUACAGUGAAGUGCGCUCUACUAAAUACAGGCCUAUAUCAAACAUGGAUCAUUUCUGCUCGAGAAGUAUCAAAAUAGAGAACAGGUUUCAGCCAACAGCCUGCCAAGGCUGCACGAGGAAAGCAUUCACCAUCAUGAGUGCAGAAGAGCACGACCAAUGAAACAUAGCCUUUUCUGCCACCAGAAUGAAAACCAGCACAGUUGAUGGUCAGCAUACCAAGCACCACAAAAUUAAGCUGUGUCUACCAUAUUUGUAAUAGCCCCAACACGGGCACAACAAAUGCUGUGUUCCAACAGUCUAGGAAGUGUGUUUAGGAUUCACACUUACCCUUACCCUCAGGAAGAGUCAGGCACCCGCAUCUACUCUAAGUCAGGAUACAUGUAUUGUACCAGAAGCAUCACCAGCAUUCAAAUCCCAACCAAGACUGAUGCAGAUUAGAUCUCCGCAUACUGGUCUGUCUUCUGAAAUGUUAUCCAUUAGAUACCACUAGGAAGGGUCAGGACUAAACUCAUAGGGCUGGCUUGUCAUGUUCUUUGGUAGAUUAGCUAGCCCAUGAUACAGGUACAAAGCUUGAGUUUAUUUGGACAGUGCUUAAAACUGCCAGUGUACUUCACAGAUGACCUGUUUGCAACAGUCUACUACUUUAAAACAAACAGAUUUCAAAUAUUUUAAACUUUUGAUUUAGCAGGCGCAUUACUUUGCGUUUCAGAAGUUCACCAUCUGCUGGGUUUACCUUUUAAGUCUCUCCGCACUCCGGCUGCGCAGCCAUCUGGGAUGAGAUAAUUUGAACAGCAGACUGUUUCCUCCCAUGUUACUAGAGAGGAAGAGCAGCCAAGCAUGUAUGAAUAAAGUCUAUUUCAUUCUUUCAAACAAAGGUGGAGGAGGAUGAUUUGAAGGUUUAAAAAAAAAAAAAAAAAAAAAGAGAGAGGGGGAGGGGAAGAAAACUAAAAAUGGCAACCCCACUUUCCAUCUUCAACUGCACCAUGACUACCAGAGCUGAGUCACAGUUACUAUUGAUUAUAAAUAAGCAGGAAAGAACAGAGCCUGACUUAGAGAUCCCAAGGUGAAUUUGCAAAGCUGGCAGCUAGAAAGCUUUUUCAUUUGCAAAGCAAAAAGGGGAGAAGUAGAAUCAGAGCAAAACAAAGAAGUUCAGUCUACAUCUAUUGAGUCAUUUCUCUGACCAGAGCCAGCCAAGGCAUUAGCAUCUCUUGUCCAUCAGCUGCUGCAAACCAGGCAACAUCACUGAGGUUAAGUGCACCUACGUGGACACAGGAGAAUCCACAUCUUCUGCAUUUUCUGUAGGAAAAAUCUUGUUAAGAUAUCAAAUACCAGCAUCUUCAGUUAGACAGACACAGAAGGAACUUUAAUUAUCCAGCAUCUUUAAAAUGUAUCCUUUCACUACCAAAUGGCUUUGAAACAGUGAAUCCCAUAUGCUAAUUUUUCUAGAAUAAGUUGAAGUCACCUGAAAUCUUUUACUAUUCAAAGUAAACUCAACAGGUAUAGGAGGCACUGAGAAAGAAUGUUAAAAAAAAAAAAAAGCACCAAACCCUCCAGGUUAUUUCUAUGUCAGUAAAGAAGUUUGCUUUGUUCAACAUGGUAAAAACAGUCAGGAGUCAUGGCAGAAGUGGCAACACUUAAAAAGGUUGCACUGUGACAAUUCUCAUGCAAGAUCCUCAAAAGGGAGCUCUGCAACCAUUUAAAGAAGAGGUAACUACGCUCUACAGAAAUAACACAUACUGUGUCAUUGUCAGCUCUUUCCAAAAUCUUGACAAGCCCGUGCUUCAGGCAUGCUGCUUGUCUUGUUAGAGGGAAGCACCACAACAUACAUCCUACACUUUGUCAAAAGAGUAAUUCUCACCCAAAAUCAUUGUAAAUUUGCAUGACAGCACAAAGGUGAAUUUGGAAGCAGGCAACAGAAGGCUCUGAGGCUUGCGUGCCUCCAACGGUGCAUGGCUUCACUCAUUUUGUAACACUAGCAAUGAAACUUCUUUGGUAAGCCAGCCACCGACAGCAAUUCUUCAUCCACCUGUUAAGGACCAGUUAACUCUGAAAAACUCUCACACACAAGCGUAUUAAAGAUACUCAUUCUCCACAUGAAGUUUCACACUAAUAGCCAGCCCUUUGAGGAAACUACUCAUUGAAAUAAUCUCAAGUAACAGUAAGUGGAAGGAAGAACACAGAUAACACACUCCAUAUACAGUGCUGGGGGACCAGAAAGCAGACAGCCACAGAGCCCACACCCUGCCCUACAGAUCCACAUCUGGUUCAUCCUGGUCUUCUCCAGGAGCGGGGCUCAACUCCUAAUCUGUGGUUCAGCAUCCAGUCUUUCACUCCUCAUAGACAAAACCAUAAAACCUUCUUGCUGAAAUUCUCUCAAAAGGCAAGUUUGAAAAGACAGGGGAUUAGGAAGCGAUCGAUGAAAACUACAGCAAAGCAACAAUUUACCCAGCAGGGUUGUCGUGAUAAAAAUCUGCUCACUGACAAUUUCUCUCUUACCUUUAUUUAAGUGCAUCUUUUCCCCACUAUCUCAGCCUCUGAGCGCUGGCAGUCAGAGACCCUACCCAAUCCAAAGCCCCCAGGGGGACACACAACCCCAGGGCCCCACAUAGCAUUGGACUCCGGCACUCAGCAGACAGACACCGCUGCUUAGGGAAAGCUUAAAACCACGUACCUUGUACUGGUGCAAUCACCAGGAAGACGUGGCAGAGACAAGUUUCAUCUAUUCCUUGACCCUCAACAAAUUGAGGAAGAAAGACUGUAACUAUCGUCCCUGGGGCAUUCUGAAAUAAGACCUCACUCCGAGGAAAAACAAGCUCAGUUCAGGAUUAAGCAAACAGAAGUGCCUUGCAAGAAGCAUGCAGCUGCCUAUAGACCAGACUUUUAGGAGCAGCCAAAGCUUACCCCCAUCUGGCCUCUAGGCUGGCUGUGAUCAUGUGGAAGAGCAAAAGUCAUCUGGCCAGCUGUCUGAUGUACAUAGAAACACAGGACUGGAUAAAGAAGACAGUUCUUUUUUGUAAGAAACAAUAUAUUUUAUUUUUCUGACACCACAGCCCUGGCGAGUGGUUUUGUACCAAAUUUAAUGGAGGUUACACAGAACGUUUUACGCUGGGGAGAAAAAAAAAAAACCCACAAAAAAAAAUCCUGGGUAA